GCUAAGCCCCUCAGCAUGAGCCAGGGCUUCUGGAGGCUCUACAAGGCCAAAGUGCUGCAGACCCUGGGGGGAGCGCGGGCAGACGGGGCUCUGCAGGAGGAGGGAGACUCCCCCGAGCUGAUGGAGACAGCCAAGCCCCCCGCGCUGAUGGAGGAGGGACCCAGCCCUGUGUCCCAGCUGGCGAGGAAGGUGCAGGGGGUGGGUGCCCGGGGCUGGAGGACGCUUUCGUCCCUCUUCACCCGUGAGGACGAGGACCAGCUGCUCAGCCCAGAGUCCUGCGCAGACCACCCGCUGGCCGCCUCGCCACCCGAGCCGUCCCCCUUCCAGAAGGAGCCCGACCUGUGGGAGCUCUUUGUUGCCAAGUGGCAGCAGGCGGCGGGGCCAGACACGGGGGUGUCCCCCCCGGAGCCGGAUGAGAGCCCCGGGGAGCCACCGGGUGAGGAUGACAGCGACCUGCGGGAGCCGGAGGAAGGGGCGUUCCACUGGGGCUUCCUGACCGGCAAACUGGCUGAAAUCCGGAAUAAAACUGCCCCCAAGGGCAAUUAG